AUGACCAUCCUUCCAAACUCUGAUUCACUAGUGUUUCGGGAAACUACAGAUCCCGAAGUCAUUAAAUACACACACUUUCAGAAUGGCAAUAACUGGAAAGGAGAAUUGAGCCUUGAAGAGUAUGUUCAGAGAGAAGCAGUAUUGGGCAAGUCAGAAAUAGGACAAAAGGGAAAAUCUACCGAGACAAUAAAGAGGUUUCCUGAAGGGCAUGAAUGGGUCGGUCUGAAGUACUUCAUAUUAGAAAACCUAGAAGUAAAUUCUGAAAAGGUGACUGAUCGAAUUGUGAGCAGUUGUGAAAUUUUAGGUAGACUUGGAAGCUGCGUUUAUCCCGGUUCAAAAGUUGAACCUUGCUUAGUGGCGACUAUAGGUGGUGUUUAUACUUCGCCGGAAAAUCGAGGAAAAGGUUAUGCCAGACAGAUGAUAGAGGCCCUCAAUGACCAUCUUGAUGGUGUUCGUGAUGCCCCGAACUCUCCUGAUCUCAUAAAAAAUAUGGUAGUCAUCUUAUAUAGCGAAGUGGGAGAAUAUUACUCAAACAUGGGCUUCAAGUCUGAACAUGUACCACUGCAUAUCGUGACACAGUUGGAUGAGAUCGAGAAGCGGUAUUGCCAUCAAGGUACCAUAGAAGGCAGAGAACUGGGAUUUGGAGGCUAUGAAGAGCUCGUUGCUCUACAAGACAAAGCAUUCAGCAGAAAUCUCGAGAAAGUACGCAAGCUCAAUCCUUACAAAUUUAUCUUCACGGUUUCGGCUGAUAUCGAUUUAUAUAAAUGGUUUGCACAUCGUGAUCUUUUCAUCAUGAAAAAGACUAAUAGAAUGCAAAAGGAUCUGAAAUUUGGCUUUGCUCUUUCAGACAACAGUCACAUAAUAUGGCAUCAUAAUUGGAGUGGAGAUUCUCUCAUUAUAGUUAAAGUAUUCAUGGAGGAGGGGAAGCCAGAUGCACAAUUAACGCUUUGUAAACUAAUUACAAUGGCUGUCAAGGAGACUAAAAAAACAGGACUGAAAAGUUUAGUCUUCUGGGAUCAAGAGAUCGAGAUUAAACAAUUCCCAGAGUUGCAAAAGGAAUUAUUGGAAAUGGAGCAUGAGUCAAAUGUUUAUGCUAAAAACAGUUCUCUAAGUGCAUUCAGGCCACCUAAAGGCUUUGGUGUGGAUAAUGUCAUAUGGGACAAUAACACCAAAUUUUGUUGGUUUUAG